AUGGCUGGGGGUGUUCUCCUGGUAUGGGCGGGGACCCCUGGCCCCCAUUCAUGGAAAGGUAAAAAGAAAGUUGAAAAAGCAUUUCGUUCUGAGAAAAAGGUUUUACAUAUGGGUUUUAAGACACAGACCAGUGUUGCCAGAACUUUAGCUAAAGUUGUUGGUAAUAAAUGCGAUGUUCCUGAAGAGCGGCGGCAGGUGAAAAAAGAGGAAGUAAAUGAGUGGGUAUUCUGUGAACUUCCGAAAAUUCGAGUGAAAAUUCUCGAGUGCUCCGCCAAAGAAAAUACAAAUAUACGAGAAAUAUUUCGCUCGUUUCUCCAGCUUGCAAAAAUACCUCUUCCCAGCGACACUCAUGCGCUCAGAAGAAGGUCCAGUGCUCACGUGACAAUGGGACGCUCACUUAAGUUUAACAGCAGUCUGAGUCCUCAGCGUGAACAACAAGCAGAGAGCAGUCCGGAGUCUCAGCAGCAGCAGUCCACUUCACAGAAGUCAAGCAAGCCACGUAGCAGGAGUCUUAUUCGUCGAACAAGCAAGAAAACUAACAAACUGAAAGAUCCAGCAGCAGGUCCAGGAUGCAGCGCAGAUGGUGAUUGCCAUGUCUCUUGAAUUUCUUACAGAUGGGCUUUGCCUGGAAUGUUUUACUGUCAGUGGUAUUGAACUUGUGAAUGGACAAUAAAAAAGAAUAAAAUUCACUUCUGCAUAUAUACAGCAUUGACAUAAACAACUUUCAACUAAAAAAUAAACUGUUACUUUCAAAUUUGAAAUGCGGAGCUGAACAUAGUUUUUCUGUUUAUUCAUAUGAAUUUUUAGUUAAAUAGUUUUUUCCUAAUUUUAAAUAUGGUGUUUUGUGUGUGAUUUCAUGUAUCUCGGAGCAUUUGAGAGACGGCGCUGCUCUGUGAUAUUGCUUAUACAGUUCGAAUGAAUGUUGUGAAUGUGGUUAACGUGUUACCAUAUUAAUGGUUGAAAUUUUAUAAUAUUAAUCUUUAUGAUUAAUGAAUGUCCCUGGUUUUUAUUCUGAAUAAAGUUUAUGUAAAUUUCUUUCAUCUGUAUUAUAAAAUGGAAAGUAUUUUGCAAAUCAAGGUACUUGUAGCUGAAGCAGUAACAUUUAGAAACUAAAGAUAAGGUUUUAUAAGCGACUAAUUUUUCUCCUUUCAUCUUACUUUUUAAAGCAAGAUUUUGAAAAUUAUAAAGUACAUGAAAAAAUUUAAAUUUCUUUCAAGUAAAUUUGAUCAGACGAUAAGUAAAGAAAUUUUCAGUAUACUAAAUAAAUGUAAGCAUGUGCAUGUGAAGUAUUUGAAAAUAUGCAUGUUUAAGUGUAUAUCAAUUUUACCUCGAAAUUUGAUUGUGUUUGAUCAUGAGAUCAAUAAUUUUUAUUUAGAAGUUUCACUUUUGAUAUAUGCAUUUGCCUUCAGAGUGGUAAAGUCGUUGUAGAAAAGCACACAUUUCUCUAAAGGGCACUCAAUAAUUCAACUAUUCAGCACUCAAUAAUUUAAUUAAAAAAAGACAAUGAACUUAAUUAUUACUCUCGAAUUUGUAUAACAUUUUAGAAAGGCUUAGGCUGACUAAGAGUGAACAUUCUUUAAGCCUGGAGAAAAGUUAAUUCAAUAAGCAAAUUAAAGUUACAGCGAUGGUAAAAGUUGUAGCUUAAUAUCGGUUUUAUGUAAUUUUUUACGAGGAAUAUUCGCUAUGAAACAUUAGGAUAAGUAGUAUUUAACUAAGAUUUUGAAAGUUCUGUUACAAUAUUUUUUAUAAAUAAUCUAAAUAACAUUAUUCAUUUUAGUUAUCUGUUGAAAAAACAACGCUUUUCUUAAAAUGCUUCAGUUAAGCUGUUACCUUAAAAUAUGAUUUAGUCUAAUGAUAUCGCAUAAAUAAGUUUCACUAAAAAAUAUUUUGACACAGAAAACGCUUUAUUUGAAUCUUUGUCAAAUUGUAAGCUAAAAUUAAAGAACCAUUUUUAAUGUAUUGCUUUUAUCUGAAGCUUUUAUUACGCAACGAUUAGAGCAUUAAAAUACUCUAGUCGUUUUCAUUAUGUAAUUAGGACUAUUAAUCUUGUGUAUAAAGAAACACUAAUACCAUUUAAAUAUAAUUAUUGAUCAGAUACUUUAACUGGUUCUUGCAAAGAAGUAGAUCCCAAACUUUCAGAGUUACUAGUCGUCACAAUUAUGUUUUCAGAAAACAAAUUCUCAUUUAAAAUAAUAUGCUUGACAGUUGCUAAGGAACAACAAUCUUUUUCGUUGUAAAUAAUGAUAGACAUUGUUUAAAGAAAUAAAACCUGGUGGAUAUUCAAACAAAAGGUGUUCUGUAAUAUCGCUAUAAGGCAAAAUGUUACCGAUUUUCAUAAAAUAGGAAUAUAAGAAGAAAGAAGUAAAAGAAAGAACUUCCUACAGCUACUUUCUACAAUUACAAAAUAUUUUCAUUCAGUUUGAAAUGAAGACAAAUAUGAAUCCUUCAGUAUGGAAGUUGACUUGCUCGAACACUGAUGCGUAUUUGACAUCUGUUAUGCAUGCUGGCCGCUAAACUAUUGAGGAGAGCUUCAGGAAUUCCCUUUCAUUCCUCUUUCACUGUGAUUUUGAAUUUCUGCAUUGUUCGAUAAGACUUCUGUCAUUGAGCAAUACGUCUAUCUGAUGCAUCGCAGGCGUCGUGUGUGGGAUUUAGAUACAGGGUAUAUACAGAUCAUGUCAUACAUUCAAAAUACUUCCUUGUUUCAAAAUACUUCCUUGAGUGCCGGUCAGUUCAGCAGUAACAUGUGGCGGAUAUUGGCCUCCAUGCACAGAAAGUAUAGACCAACUACUUUCUGUUCAUGGAGAACCCAUGAAACAUUCCAACUAAGUCAAAGAAAUCGCAGAAGUUCAACGAUUAGAGAUGUGGACAGGAGUUCUGUCAUUACGCAUAAUACUUACUCACGCAACUACUCCUCGGGAAUAAUUAUAAGUUUUCUGAACAUUAAGAUGCUGAUAACGGAUUUUCCUCUCUCUCCAUACCAACAGUUACUGAGAAUCAGUAUCAGUCGUGAAGCGGAAAUCUUCACGAUUCUAAACCAUGAUUCUAAUCCCAAUACGUCUAUCAGUCUAUUCUAAUCCCAAUACGUUGUUUUACAUUAAAAUAAGUUGUUCUGACAUGGUGUACUCGUAACGCAAUGCAUGUAACAGCUUCCAUGCCACAUAAGCCAAGAUUAUGCAAUCGCCGAUACAUGAUUCUCACAGAUAUCUGAACGGCAGCAGCUUUGAAAAUGUCUGCAGCUACUUGGCCAGGAGUAGCAUUUCUGUUUCUUUCCGCCACUAGGGCGACAUAUUUACCCUCGUUAGGUAUGGUAGUAGGGCAAAGGCUCUAGAUGGUUGUCACUGCAUUUCCGCAUUCGGAAUCCUUCUUUAAUUGCGAAAUAACAUUUCUUCGAGACGCCUAUUACUGUGGAAACUUGAAUGACUCCUUGUUUCGAAUUUCCUUGUUUCGAGAAGACCAACUGCUCAGCUACGUUCGUUCUCACUCAAAGAUAUUUUACAGAGUUUCUGAAAUCAAUACGUGACCCUAAAUAUGAAAAUAUGCAGUAAUAUUUGCAGAAGCUAACAACAUUUUUAUCUCGCAAACGAUGCUGCUUGCAAUUACGAAUACGGGAACAAUUUGGAUAACACGAGUGCACUAUCUUUUAUGCAGAUGAAAGGUAGUGCACUCGUGCCUUUAUAUGCAUUUUUCUGCGAUUAAGUGGUUUCAGAGAAAGUAAAUUUGCGUGCAUCAGUUGUUUCUCAGCAAUUGUCAAGCAGUGUAUUAAACAUAUAUUUAAAGCACCGUUUCUUAAACUGGAGCUCGCAAAGCGAAAUGUUGGGGUCAGAAAAAUUUAAAUCUGAUAUACGAAUUUCGGGAAAUUUAAUAAAGGGCAUUAAUGAGAUUAAUACCCUGCCAUAUAAAGCCGGAAAUAGGUUUGUAGGGCUAUGAAGUGCCUGCAAUGUAAAACUCCCGUUUUGACAAAAAUCUUUGAUUAAAUUCUGAAUCAGAACUAGAAUGAAUUUCGAAGAAUUUCUUAAAUGGCAUUGAAUAUUCUGACUUUCAGCGUCACGUAAAGUGAAGCCACGUUUUCAGCUUUAAAGCUCAUUCAAUCCAAAUGCUGUUCAAUGCUGAAAAACAAUGUAGAUAUUUUGUCCAGUUGUUUCGAAUAUUACAUUAAGAUUUAAUUUGUUAUACUGCAAAAACUCUCACUCUAAAAUCACAUCCUUUUCAUUAUAACGUGAUUUCGUUAAUUUUGUAUGAUCACGAAAAGCUCUCGAUGAUAAAAAGGGGUCAUGACUGAAAAAAUUUAAGAAACGCUGAUUUUAAGCAUCUAGAAAUGAAGGUUUUAAGCAACUAUUAUAAAUGACGAAAAUUUAAAACAAAUUACAAAUGUUUUAAAAGAAAUCAAUAAAAAGUAAUCUUCUAUGGAAUAUUGUACGAGAAAAAAAAAAAAACCGAAGAUUAAAGUAUUGCAUGACAACAGAUAAACAAUCGAAAUAAAGCUAUUCUUGUUCAUCUGAUUUAAGAAAUCAUAUUCUUAUCUGCAUCAUAAAUAUUUAAGGCAAUGAUUAAAUCACUUAAUGCUUACGAAUAUGUAUUCAGUUCAAUAAUUUUUUAAUCAGAAAAUGUUUCUUCGUCAACAAAAUCUAGGCUUCCUGCAUGUUUUACAGCUCCAUAAAGAGAAAAAAUGUUUCUCUUUUGUGUAAUUUCAUAACGUCUGUGAUUAUUCUUAAAUAUUGCAUAUUUGAAACUGUAGAGAUUUUAAAAAGUAGCCUCACCAAAUUUCAAAACAGCUACCAAGUAUUUACUUUUUAUAAUGUAUAAUAAUAUGAUAAGUAUUGCUUUAUUGAAAAAAAUGUAAAUUGAUAUUCAGUAUUUAAUGCCAAAUAAAUGUGUUGAUAGAAAUGUAUAUUAAGAAUUUAAAUUGAAGUUGUGAUACUGUUUUAGAUGUAAUUGCGAAAGAAUUUUGUAGCUAACUUUAGAUUUAGUUAGAAUGUAGAAGAAUGUAGCUGUUUAUCUGUUGUGUCUUCUAUUAUUUGUGCAUCUCCCAAAUCUUAGCGUAGGCCGCAUAGAAAUUGUUUAUGUGGAAAAACAAGGUAAAAUAACCAGAAAUUGUCAUUUACGUUUUGGUAUUCUUAAUAAGUUUAGAAUUUAUUAUUCACCAUAUUAACAUUUCAGUAUAAUGGCAACUGAUAGACUUUCCCAACACGAUAUGAAGUUUCAGAACUUUCGUUAUAUAAUUCCGAACUUCAACCUAAAUAUACGAUGUCCUAAAAAUUGUAUACAAAAUUAGAAAGAUCAUAAAAACGUUGUUUAUUAAUAUAUGGUUUAUUUUCUAAAUAUAAAGGUAUCU